UUGACUCAACCGAUUCAGUGUCUGACUCUCUCUUUCUCAACAAAUCUGCUUUUAAUAAACAACUGGAUCGAAAGUAUACCUUCCAAGAGGUUCAGCAGACUGCAAUACUGGCUCGGUUAAAAUACUGUUCGCGUCAGGAUUACAGGAAAAUAAUUAUGAGAGAAAUCCUUCAAUAACGGCGGUGUCUCGCUUUCACCAACCGCACAGCAAAUUCUGUAUUUUCAUGGCAGAUUUCCCCUCAAAAUGAACAGCGGCGGGAGUGUCUACCACUAUGAACAGUAGCCACACCUUCCUGUACUUUGCCUACGGCAGCAACCUGCUGAAGGAGAGACUGCAGCUAAAGAACCCCUCCGCAGUGGUCCACUGUGUGGCCAAACUCAAGGACUAUAAGCUGGUGUUUGGGAACUGGAAGGGGCUGGCUAGUGACCGCUGGCAUGGGGGUGUGGCCACCAUCGAGUUCAGCCCGGGGAAUGAGGUGUGGGGGGUCGUGUGGAGGAUGAAUAUGUCAGACCUGGAGUCUCUGGACAGUCAGGAGAGUGUGAAGUUAGGGGCCUACAGCCCUAGCGAAGUGUUGGUGAAGACACAAGGCCAGGAUCUUCACAGUCGAACCUACAUCAUGAACAGCUGCAUCUACGCAGCCCCUUCUCCACAAUACCUCAAGGUGAUCAUGAUGGGGGCGGAGCAGAAUGGGUUACCGAAAGACUACCAGGAGAAGCUGAAGUCGAUCGAUACCAACAGGUACGAAGGCCAGCUGUCCGUCAUGACCGACCUGGGGAUCGCCCUGCGCAAGGCCCGCGAGAGAGGCAGCCAUCGCUUAGAUGCCUAGACACAUCGCCAAGGCAACAGAGAACUGUGUUUAAAGAGUAACUCAACACCCCAAAAAUGUUGGGGGAGUUAAACCUUUUAUGAUUUAAUACUUGCGCAUUUUUCAACUCAUCAGUCCUGGUCAUGAUACUGACAAAUGUUUGCAGAAAGGAUCAUUUUGAUUGUUAAGGGGCUCGCCUUUAGGCUUGUUUGGCCCCUUGGUUAAAAUCUGAAGAUGUUUUUGACAUAUGUAGUAUCAUUUGGAGGUAUGACAUAUCACAGGGCGGGGUAGUCAGCUGAUAACUGACAAUGUUCAUGAAUCACUUUGAGCAACUCCCAAAAUGAAUCAUCUUGAUAAAAUCCCUCAUCCACAACUUUUUACCAGAAAGCUUUUAUAAUUUUUUUAAAAUCAAAUUGCGGGCUCAGGCUGAAAUUGCGGUGUGUAAUUACUCUUUAAAGAAACGGUUUGUUGAAUAAUGGAUAAUAAAAAACAACAACCUAUGUCCUCUAUGUAUAUCUGGAAGACUCCCUGUCAUUAGAAUCACAGUUGGGCUGAAUGUAAAUAAACCAUAUGUGUUCUAUUAUGUGGUUGGUGGACAAUAAACCCUCUCACUGUUGUCUGUUGACGUGUAUAGUGUUAUGACAACUAUCCUUCUCUAAAGAUGGAUGUUUUGACCAGAGAACACGUGUUAAAAAAUACAUUGCUGGUGGUAAAAGA